AUGGCCUGUAACAACAUGCAAGUGAAUCGCAACGUAGCACGGAGAUAUCACUUCAUGGAUCCUGUGCUAGCAAUGGAUGAUUAUCCUGUCAGUCAGCUUAUAUAUGAACGGUUAGUGGUUUUUGUUUUUUCAAUAACAGGGCAAGGUGAAGAGCCUGAUAAUAUGAAGCAAUUUUGGAAAUUUCUGUUAAGAAAAAAUCUCCCAAAAAAUUCGUUACAGGCUGUAAGAUUUGCUGUUUUGGGCUUAGGUGAUUCUUCAUAUGCCAAAUUCAAUUUUGUUGCAAAGAAACUUUAUCGACGUUUGCUACAGCUUGGCGGAAAGAAUAUAGUGAAUCUUAGACUUGCAUAUGAUCAACAUGACUUGGGUGUGGAUGCUGUAGUGGAUCCAUGGCUAAAAGACUUGUGGGCCAACUGGCUCACUUUGUUUCCAUUACCCCAAAGUGCAGAACCAUUGGACAGAAGCCAUGUAUAUGCACCAAGAUGGACUGUGAGGUGUGUAACAUCACAGCAUUUACAUAAGGGACUGAUGACAAUGAUACAGGGCACAGAAGAUCCAUUCAUCAUAAAGGAAAAUUUGAUCAAAUCUUCUGUUAUUGAAAACCACAGAACAACAUCUGAAUCACACUUUCAGGAUGUGAGACUGCUGCGUCUUUCAACAUCGAUGCUUACAUAUAACCCAGGUGAUGUUUUAAUGGUAACUCUACAUAGCUCUGCAGAAAAUGCAAAGAAAUUCUUCGAAUUGAAAUUGAACUCCAACGCGCGUUUAUAA